ACCCUAGCCCAGGAGUCCUUUGCUUCGUCGCCGCAUAAUCAAGGACCGGAGAGAAGAUGAAGUUUAAUAUUGCAAAUCCCACCACUGGAUGCCAGAAGAAGCUCGAGAUUGACGAUGAUCAGAAACUCCGUGCAUUUUUUGACAAAAGGAUUUCACAGGAAGUUAGUGGAGAUGCCCUUGGGGAGGAAUUCAAAGGCUAUGUUUUUAAAAUCAUGGGUGGAUGUGACAAGCAAGGAUUUCCAAUGAAACAGGGAGUUUUAACUCCUGGGCGUGUCCGUCUUCUACUGGUGAGAGGAACACCCUGCUUUCGUGGAUAUGGAAGGAGGAAUGGUGAACGGAGGAGAAAGUCUGUACGUGGUUGUAUAGUGAGCCAAGACCUUUCUGUGCUGAAUUUGGUUAUUGUCAAGAAGGGUGACAAUGAUCUUCCAGGGCUGACUGAUGUGGAGAAACCAAGAAUGAGAGGUCCAAAGAGGGCCUCCAAAAUCCGUAAACUCUUCAACCUUUCAAAAGAUGAUGAUGUUCGGAAGUAUGUCAACACAUACCGAAGGAAAUUUACAAACAAGGCUGGAAAGGAGGUUAGCAAAGCACCAAAGAUACAGAGAUUGGUUACUCCGUUGACUUUGCAAAGGAAACGAGCUAGAAUUGCAGACAAGAAGAAGAGAAUUGCGAAAGCGAAAUCUGAGGCAGCCGAGUACCAGAAACUUCUUGCUUCCCGAUUGAAGGAGCAGAGAGAGAAACGUAGCGAAAGCUUAGCCAAGAAGAGAUCCAGGCUUUCUGCUGCCUCUAAGCCUUCUAUUGCAGCAUAGGUUGGUAAUCUUUUCGUUAUGAAGCAGUUUUGUCAUAAUGUUGGCUUUUUAUAGACGAAAAAGUUUGCAUUUUUGUUGAGAUUAUGGUAUGUUUGGAAUUAGGAUUACUAUUCAUCUUAGUUGAUGGCUCAUUUUGAAAUUUGUCAUGACUCUUUUGUUAA